UGUUAUUAUAAAAUUUCUAUAUGCAAAAAUUAUUCUAUGCCAUUUCAUUAUAAUAAAAAAAAAAAAAAAAAAAAAAACAUUCUAAAAUAUUUUAAUUAACGAAUCAAUAAAUACAACACGGAAUUAAAUCCACGUAUGUACUUCUUCCCCACUUUCUUAAAAUUAAAAAUCUGAUAACUUCAUAUGUAUAUAUAUAUAUUACAUACAAUAGUGGUGGAUAGCUUUAAUUACCUUUAAUUAAAAAAAAAAAUAUUUAAAUUAAUAGUAAAGAGAAUGAUGAAAUUUGGCAUAAUAACCGAUUCAAACACAACGAAUAUCGUCCAAAUUCUUUUCAAUUCAAUUCUAUAUUAUAUUUUAUAUAAAAUCACGCUUGCCAGCAUAAUCAUGACGAAGGAUACUACAAUAUGGUUUUUUCAAACGAUUAUGCCCUCUAAUCUAUCCAAAAAAUCAGAACCUACUGACAGAUCAUUGUCAUAGAACGUUUGAAUAAAUUUUCGGACCCAAAAUUCUCUGUGAAUUUUCCUUUAACUUUCCCUAAUCGAAAUUGAAUUAAAUUUUCUUUAUGAAAUAUGGCAAAUAUCAUCAUGGAUACUUUUACAACGAUUACUCAAAAAGAUUUCAUAUGGCCUAAUCCUAAACCACUUCUUACUAAACCUGCACAACCUCCUAUGGAUACCGGUAUCCGAUUAUAUCUUCAUAGACCUAAAGAAGAAGACUGCAAAUGCGAUGUUCAUGGUUUUCAAACAGACAAAAAAAGAUACGUUCAGCUGGCCAAUAAAGAACGAAGACUUCAAGAUGAAUUGAUAGCUGUUAAUCAUGAAAUGGCAAAUCUCACGACGACUUUGUUGAACAGUACCUGUGAAACUGACGAUGAAACAAUGAAAAGUCUUUACGAAAUUGAUUAUGAAAAACGAGAAUUACCUAUAGCUCAUUAUAGAACACUUAUGGCAGCUGUUGAUUCUCCUAUCGGUGCUCCUAUCAAACCAGCAGUUACUGAUCUAAGAAACGCUUACAGAGAUCCAACUAGAUUUAGAUAUUCAGCUAUCGAAAGACCAACUAUUGAACCUGCUAAAACUAUCAACCUAUUGACAGUUCCAGAAACCUUCACUCUCUGGAAUGAACCAUUUACUAAUAGAACAGAAUACGAAGAUAAUUUCAGUAGACUGGGAUUAUGUAAUAUGAGAAAUCGCCAACAAUAUCUGGAACCGUUGCCUUCUUCGAGAAAUAGAUUUGGAGAUUGCAGAUUUCAAUAGCAAUCUUUUAUUAAUUAAUCGAAAGAAAGAACAUAUAUUAUAUUUGUCUAAUUUUAAAUGUUCACACUAAAAAAAAAAAAAAUUAGCAGCCAUUAGCUUGACAGUACUUGCGUUAAUAGUUACAAAUAUAUAAAAUUCUAUAACGCAAGUAAUAUCAAUUACCAGGUCUCACCACAAGGAGGUUGCUGCUCAUGGAGACCCACAAUUUAAGAGGAUUGGCAGAUUGAUCCAUGUUUGGCUUCUAUACCAACUAAAUUUGAUGAGGCUGCAGAAAAACUUGUGCAGAAACAAAUAUUGGAUAAUACUAGAACAAUCUAUCAAGUUAGCUAUAAAGAUCC